CACCAAUCCCCUCGCUAUCAGUCGAGAUCACCGACUCGCGUCUCUUCAUAAUUUUAUUGUUACCAACUAGGAAGACUCUCGCAAUCUUCACUUGAGAUUCGACAAACAGCACCGACCCGCUCCGCGCCAUUGCCAUCACCUCACAUUCUAUUGGCCUCGGAACUUUAAACGGAGCUCCUACAGCUUUGAUUUUUCCUCAGCAAGCUUUAGAAUUCUCAGCAAGUCAACAUUGCCGCGCUACGACCAACCGCGACCAAUCCGGCUCUUUACCUCGGCGAACACUUUUUGCGCGAAGUGACGGAUUCCGAAGUGAACGAGAUCCACGAACCCUCUCCUGCUCACGCACAGCAAGAGAGCUACUCCAAGCUUAGUGAUAGGACCACCACCGAGCUCGAGAUACAGCCUGACCCCGACUCAGCGGUGCAUCUACCUCUACCUCAUCAACCGCAAAAUUGAGAUACCCUUGCUUCUUGUUGAACCGCCGCUCUCCCACCCAACAUGUCUCUCCACUUUUACGUCAAUAAAAAAGUCCUCAUCCUCACAGUUGACGGCCGCACACUCAUCGGCGAUCUUCUGUCAACCGACCAAACGACCAAUCUUGUCCUCGCUAAUACCGUCGAACGUAUCAUCCGCACCCCAGACGACGACGAGCCCUCGACCGAAAUCGAGCAUGGGCUGUACCUGAUCCGCGGUGACAAUGUCGUGGUGUGCGGUGAAAUAGACGAAAAAAUGGACGGAGACAUCGACUGGUCCAAGGUGAAAGGCGAGGUAAUCCGAGACACGAAGAAUGUAUGAGCGGUGUUUGCACGGUGCUAUUUUCCAUUGUCAUUUUUCGGGCGUUUUGGGGAAACCAUUUGCAUGCGAUACAACGAUUCAGCAAGCCGAUGAAUCCUAGAGUUUGCCAGCGUUGCGUGGCCCUUUACUAUUGAAUCCGCCGUUGCGGGCUUGGCCCUUGGCCUUUGGCCCUACAACGAUGCGCAGAUACGCUGGGUGUUAAAUGUCGAUCUGCCAUGUUUUGAUUAUUUUCCGUUGGUUGCGAACCCUACAGCGAACUCUCAGCUGUCGAUGACUUGCUCUGACAUGAUGUGCAAUUGAUGCAACGGCCAAAGCAUAUAGGAGGGGCUGCACAUGGGGGUUUGCCAUCAACUCGGCAUUCUUGCCCCUUGAAUGACUUUGCGGGGGUAAGAGCACAGACGACGCUGGGCACAAAGACAGUGAAUUUACAACAGGGGGGCCGGAUUCUACUUGCCUCUCCCGAGUUUCCAAGUUCCCAAGUAUGAGAUGUUGGGCGGCCCCUACGUUCCAGAGGAAUGUGAAUUUACAUCAGCAGUAUGAUUCGAUAUAGGGGCGUGAAU